AUGUUUUGUAUGCGGAUAUGUCUUGAGGUGAGAAGCUCAAAAAUGGUGUUUUUACGUCGUUUAAUUUUGCAUAUUUCAGUGCAUAUUUGGGACUUUUUCGGUGCAUAUAUAUGCGCAUAUUUUGCGAUUUUCCGUGCAUAUUUUGUGAGUCCCUAUUGAUGAUACCUCUGUGUCUGCAACCGUUUUAGGCUGAUUGUGAGAAAAUGUUUGAUGCCUUCUUUGUUUUCUCGUUGGAUAUUCUUUUUUUGGUUUUUGGUUUUUUAUAUUUUUAGUUAUAUUUAUUUGUUGCUGUUUAGCCAUUUUAAUUAAUCUUUCUAUUAAUUUUUUUGAACGUUCUUUAUUAACCAAUUUCUCUAUUAUCUCAUCUACUAAUAUUUCUUCCUUAUUGGUGAUUUCUUUAUU